AUGGCCACCAAAGCUCAGCGCAAUAAGAAAUGCCUCUAUUGUGACAGGAAAUUUGGCAAGGCCGAACAUCUCAAGCGUCACCAGAGAGCCCAUACAGGAGAGAAGCCGUUCAAGUGCUCACACUGCGGCCGUGAAUAUGCACGAAGCGAUGUGCUCAUGCGGCAUAUCAGGAACCACCAUUCGACUUCUGACAGAGAGAUUGUCGCCUCUCCACCGCUCACCGAUUCGCACACAGAUGGAGACAAGCUCGCUGGAAGUUGCGCCAGUUCAUUCUCUCAAUCGCGUCGGGAUGGUCACCCGGUCCAAUCGAUGCAGGUGCAAUGUUCCAACGAUGACAACUUGGUGGCCGGCAUAGAUAGCCAAAGGCAGGGACUGGGAGACCCUCAAGAUCCAUCAAAUCUCCAUGCCUCACAGCGAGUCAAACCCUUGGUCGACUUCGGUGACCCUGUGGAGCGCAGGGCUGCACCUCCGCUCGCAGGCUUUGAAGACUGGCUGGGACUUCAAGACUUGCCUCUGGCGGCCAAUAUAUGGGAUGACGUCUCACAUUUCGAUUUCAUGAGUUUUACAAAUGAUGCACGGCUCAGUCUGUCCCCGUACUGGCCUCGUCAGCUACCGCUCCAUUCGCCCCCCAAGGACAAUAUCUCCGAUGAGAGAUACGCAAAGAUCGCAAGCCUCUGGCCAACCAAGAAACAGACGGCCCGGCGACUGAUCCACACUAUCUGGCGGGAUGUGGCUUCUUUCCCAGAGGAUAAUAUCUACUCGCAGCAAAGUCCGGCCGGGCAUGAAGGGACUCGACCAUCGCAGGCUGCUCCGGGGGAGUUUGCGGAAUCAAGAUGGGGCUUGGACGAAGAACGGAGGGCGAGGUUGAUCGAAGACUGCACGCCUGCGAACACGCCGUUCUCGCCUGUAGCCGACAGAGGCGUUGCAGCGAGUAUCAGAAGCGGUGCGAGUGACUCGUGCAGUCAAGACAGUGGCACGCCCGCAAAAUUUCCCUCGACGGCGAUCCUGGACGUCAGCCUCGAUGUCUACUUUCGACGUUUCCACCACCUGAUGCCAUUUAUCCACGAACCGACAUUCUCGGCGAAGAAGACCUCCAGCACCCUCUUGUUCCCCAUGUGCCUGAUGGGGCUGACCAUGCUGGAUUCGGCCCGUGCAAAGAGAUUCGUGCGAUCUCACCUGGGCAACGCGAUCGAGAGAUGCCGCCGCGACUUGGUCGUGAGCUCACAAGGAGACGUUCAACUGGGCGAGUUCCUGAGCACCCUGGCAGCUUCACUCCUCCUUUUGUCGUUGGCUGCCAUCAACCCGAAGCAGCCUCUGCCCGAACAUUCUCGCCUGCUGUACAACGAGACAAUCAAUGCCGCUCAGCGGCACGGGCUAUUCCACCCCCAAGAAGGCGAGCAGCUGUCGGCGGCCAUGUUCCAAUCCCUGGACAAUCUCGCCACGUGGAGGGCUUGGACACGCAUAGAAUCGAUCAAGAGAUUGAUUCUGUGUCUGAUAAUGACCGACUCGUUCUUCUCCCACCUCGACGAUCACAACCCCAUUAUCCGAACCGAGCAGCUCCAUUUCUAUUUCCCCUGCAAGACCGAGUUAUUUCAGGCCGCCACCGAAAGGCGAUGGUCGCAGAUGGUCGACGCUGGUUCGUUGACCAUCAUGCCUCUAAUGAUUCCGCAGCUUGAUGCGGCCAUUCUCCCGCCAGCCUCGGAUGCUAGUGAAAUAGGGUUCUUUGGUCUUUGCUCGACGGCCUGGAUUCGAAUUGCGGAAGCCAGACACCGAUACAGCCCUCUCACUACCGGGCAUUCGAAUCUACCGAUCCCAGCAGAGAUGUUUGCCCACGACGAGCACGCCGCCGCGAUUACCCCGUUCCUCAUCAAGAUGUGGAGGUCGUACGGCGAAACCAUGCGCAUCAUCAACCCCAACUGCGAGGCUUUCUGGCACCACUUAAACCUGUCGAUGACGGCCGACCUUGGGGUGUUUGAGGUCGCGUCCGGCAGGGACGGGGCCGAGAGGGCGAAAAAUGCACUCGACGACAUUGCGACCUGGUCACAAACGGCUGCGGCCCGGCGGGCAUGUCUCCAUGCAGCGCACACCUUCUCGUGCAUGUCGAGACGGCGGCUCAUUGACGGGACAUCCUACGAAGCGGAGGUCGCUCUGGUGCACGCCGCGCUCGUGCUUGGGCUAUAUGUCUUCGUGAUGCCCCAGCCGGACGAGACAGACGACCACCAUGAGCAGCCAGCACACAGGGAGCGCGAGGCAUUCGAACUUCUUGACCCCGUAGACUGGAACCUCGUCGGCGAAGUCGGCUUCACCAGCUAUCCCACCACCACCACCACCACCACCACCGACACCGAUCUCGACAUGGGUAUGGGUAUGGACCCGACAACCACAACCACAACGACGUGCCCCGCGAAAACAUUCAUCCAGCACGGCGGACCGAUCACCUUCUCCGGCGUGGCCCAAAACGGCGGCUACGCCUCCGCGAGGAGGGUCCUCCUCGACUACGUGUACCUCCUGGAAGAAGUCGGGACGCGCUACAACGUCAUGGAGUUCUGCCACAUCUUGCGCAUCCUGAGCGACGCGCUGAUCGAUUUCGACGCCGGCGGCACCGACCAGGUGGAGUGA